AUGGCCGAUGCCGAGCCUGAAGGCAGUGGCGACGCCUUCCAUAGGAAGAGAAUCUUGGCCGCGUGUGAAGCUUGUCGAGAUAACAAAAUCCGAUGCCGGCCUAGUGAGAAGCCUGGUGUCUGCCGCAAAUGUCUAGCCUCAAAACGAGAAUGCAUUGUGAGGACGAAGCCCAGGGCUCGGCGGAUGAUUGCAGAUCAAAACUUGGAUCCCAAGGCAGUUUCUCAGCCUGCUGCCGGGUCAUCCAAAAGCUUCAGCAUUGACUUCGCAAUACCAUUAAAGGUGGAAGUGGAAGAGAACUUCAAGUCUCUCCAAGACGCUCAUGCCGACUUCUUCGACAGCCUCAUCGCUCCUGACACUGGGUCUGGAUUCUCCGAGAGCAACGCCACCAUGUAUAGCAUAGACUCAACUCCAACAUCUUCUACAGAUACCGCCGACCAUACUUCAGAUCUUCACGCCAAGCCGUCCUUUAAUCUUGCCUCUGCCGAAUCUCUUUUGACGUCGUUUCACUCCAUGCUGUGUCAUUUCCCUUGCAUUGUAUUAGACCCCGACGUUUCAGUUUCCUCGCUUGCGUCAACACAGCCCUUUGUGUUGCUGGCGGUUCUUGCUGCGGCGUCUGGAUCGCGAACCAUACAGGGCAAUAGCCUAUAUGAUGAAGAAUUUAGGAAAAUCCUGGGUUUAAAGUUCGUUGCCUGUGGAGAUAGAACGGUGGAGAUCCUUCAAGGCAUCCUUAUCUACUGCGCCUGGUACCCAUUUCAUCUCCGACCAAGGAACAAACAGCCCUUUCGCUACAUUCGCAUGGCGGCGGAGGUUAUUCACGAAUUGGAAUUAGACCAAGAGACGCCUGUCAAUCUGGUCUACCCUGACGCACUAGCAACGGCCCAACAGCUGAAUAAAAUCCGCGCCUACCUAGGCUAUUUCUAUCUUGCCUCUACAAUUCCCGCAGAGUGGCAGUCUCGUGGCAACAAGCCCCCAGUCUUUACGAGUUGGACAGAAAGUUGUUGCAGGAUUCUUGAGGGCAGUAAUGCUGAUAACGACGUCGUGCUGGCAUAUCUUGUUCGACUAUCCAGCACGGCUACCGAAGCACUUCGCGCCAUCAAUGAUGAUAAAGGCCACACGCAUCAGCAGAGCCGACUGGUACUACUGGGCCUUGAAGCACAGCUUCGGGACAUAGAGUCCAUCAUACCGCCGCGGAUUGCCGCUACACCCGUAAUCUAUAUGCAAAAUUUGUUUGUUCACUUAUGCCUACAAGAUGGCGUUCUGCUUAGAUUGCCACGUCUUUCUCUACACUUGAUCAAAGGGCGCCCGCCGCUUCCCCCAGAAGCAUCCCAGCUGUAUUCCAGCGUAGAUAACAUACAAAAGCUGCUUGGCUAUAUUCUGAGCCUUGAUGAAGCAACUAUGGCUAAGUUUUCUACCGCCGAUUGGUGCAGAUUUAUCUCCGGUGUAAUUCUCGGUAUACGAUUGUCACUCGCGAUACCUGAAUGCCCCGACUUCGACACCUCCUGGGUGCGCUCUCGUUUGCGAUUUGAAGAAAUUUUGGAACGACUCUGCAAAGACUCGGAUCCCAUACCAAGUGCGAAACCAAGGGUUGACGUCCUCUCCGCAAUGCGGACUAUCAUGAGAAUUGUCAAAGAUAAAUAUGUCCAAAGGCUUUCCAUCUUGGAACAUGGGCAGCAAAUGGCAUCUCAAAAGUUAAGCUUGGGAUGCCCCAUGCUCGACGGAAGCAUGGAUGAGCAGUUGAAGCUUUGGCAGUCAGUAAUAGACACGGACAUCUCUACCGCGACACUACCAGGAGAUAUAGCAACUUCGUUGAGUGCCGACGACGACAUGAUACUCCGAGAUCUCUGGGCAACGACGGCGGGGUGGACUAAUGGCGAUGCGCUGCCAGAGUGGUAG